AGGUCUUAAUCUGAGGUUUAGGCUGAAGUGUGGUAUCUGCAAAGUAAGCGACUGCUGUCCUCUGAAACACUUUGUAAAAGUUCAUAUUAACUACACACAAUGCAUUUUAUUAUAUUGGAGUGAAUUGUCUUUAUAACCUGGUGUUGGAGAUAAGAUUUGUAAGAGCAAAAUGAGGAUAUGGUACACUUCAAACAUUAGCAACACGCAAAUUAUAUCCUCGAAAGGCUCAAGCACCACUAGCUUGUUUACGUUUUGGUGUAUGCUGAGUGACAAAGCAGCUGUAGCGGAAUAGCGAUGCACAGUGAAGUCGCAGACUUUCAAACUACAGUCUCGGACAAGGCUUUAUUUGGGAUGAGUAGUAAGUGUCAGUUUUUACCUGUGAGGGAAACAGGAGAGAUGACCUGCUCUAAUAACACCAAAGCAUUUGAAGCGUCACGGGCAGUUACUGAAAUGACUGUGAGUGACAGCAAUCCUGCCAGUGCCGAGACUGCCCACAGGAGCCUGCAUGAUAUCUCAAUGCAUCUCCCAGAUCUCAUCCCAAAGAGACAGGACAUAUAUGAGAGGCAUCUCUUUCCGCAAAAGGUGCAGAAUAUCCAGUGUUCCAAAAGCAUCAAGGACUACCUCGUUCAGAAGUGUAACACCGUGAAGGCCAAUGGUCUCUACAGCUCGUGUCGUGCUGUUUCAGAGAAGAAAAACAUGAUGGAUGUAGGAAUGACGGCCAGAUCUCUAAUAUCGUGUAGACCGAAUACAAGCAUUUCUUCAGAUAACCUUACAACCAGAGGUCACACCUCACCACAGCCUGGACAGCUGAACACUGCACAUUCAGACAACAGGUCUUCCAGUUUUCAAGACCCAUCUGUUUCUACAACCUCUUGUGUAAAUGGCAACAGUGCAACACAACAUAUCAAACAAGAGUGCUCAAGUGAAUAUAAAGUUUUAUCAGAGCUGUCUUCAAACAGAGAGGUUUCAGCUGGUACAGAGAUAAGAGAUUCUGGCAGCUUGCGUUCAGAAAUUGAUCUAAUGAACAAUGGCUUCACAAAUUCACUCUCAUCAUACUUAUUUAAUAAUGAUAACUCCGCCCUAAGCCCAUUGUCACUUGGUCCAUCUAAUCACUCAACCAGAACACAGUCUGCGAAUGUGAAGAGGAGAUGCCUGUCUGUUGUACCAUCUUCAUCGGAAGGAAUUGAUUUCACAACUAUCAUUCGGACUUCACAGACUUCUGUGGUUACUUGUGUGAAUGGGCUAAGGAACAGCAGUUCUGGCAUCUCCCCUCACCCAGGAGGAAUCGGACAUCUCACUGCUCAGAAGUCUUGUAGUCCGCAGUCUUGUUCUCAGACUGAUAACCACUAUAAUAUUUCUCCCUUGACAUCUUGUCUUCCACCAUUUUCAACAGAACAAAACAGAAGUGACUGUGGACAGAUCCAAAUGCAACAACUGGAAGAAAAUUCUAGUCUUAGUCUAAUACUAAAUAACACAAUUUCACAACAUGGGCUAGCAAACCAGAAGGUCAGCUUCUUGAAGCAGGAACCAACUGAUGAUUUCUCACCAAAUGUAGACUUUUUUCAGCACCAUCAGGAGAUGCCUCCCCCUUAUCAUUCACAUCAACACUUCUGUCAUACACCAACGUUUUCUAAUUUACAGAGGCCAUUGUCUCCCAAAUCUCUUCCUCAAGCUGAAGGAGGGGAGGAACUGGAUACCAAUAGCAGCAGCAAGCAGGUCUGCCGAUGGAUAGAUUGUAAUGCAGUUUAUGACCAACAGGAUGAGCUAGUGAGACAUAUAGAGAAGAUGCACAUUGAUCAGCGUAAAGGGGAGGAUUUCACCUGCUUCUGGGCUGGUUGUGUUCGUCGGUACAAACCUUUUAAUGCCCGAUAUAAACUGCUGAUUCAUAUGAGAGUUCAUUCUGGAGAAAAACCCAAUAAGUGUAUGUUUGAAGGUUGCAACAAGGCAUUUUCUAGGCUUGAAAACCUCAAAAUCCACCUGCGAAGCCACACGGGAGAAAAGCCUUACCUUUGCCAACACCCAGGCUGCCAGAAGGCAUUUAGUAACUCCAGUGAUCGCGCCAAACAUCAGCGAACACACCUGGACACAAAACCAUAUGCUUGUCAGAUCCUCGGCUGCACUAAACGGUAUACCGAUCCAAGUUCCCUCAGAAAACAUGUAAAAGCUCACUCUGCCAAGGAACAACAGGUGCGUAAGAAGCUCCAAGUCUGCACAGAUGUUGACCAAGAAGUAUUAAAUGAGUGUCUGACUGUCCAGCAAUACCAGGCAGCAUCUUUGUCACAACACAUACUGAAUGGAAAAUAUGGAAGAUCGUUAAGCCAUGAUAUACUUGCAGGCAUAUACACUGGCUCUGGUGCCACUCAGAAUAGCCCGACAAUGGGGAUUGUACCACCCACUCACGAUGUAUCUAGGCAUAACCAGCAUGAAGGGAACCUUGCUAGCCCACAACAUCAUUUAUCACCAUUGUCUGUUCUGGAAAAUGCCAGAGAAGGGGUUGUGCCAUCUCUUCUUUCUCCUAUUGAUAGCCCCAUGAAAAGUUUGGGUCCACCACCACCACCUUUACCAAAGCCAGCAUCCACUUCGUCUCAUGGUCAGCCUUCACAAGAACUGUCCAGUACUCAUGAAAAGCACUUCUCACAAUUUCAGAACCACCCUGUGCAUCAAGCACAUGAAGGAUUCCAGGGCAGCUUUCAGUCAGUGCAAAACUGUUUCCACUAUGGCGAUAGCUACAGGACAAUGGAGCAGUCUGUCAACAGUGAUGUGUUACCAGGGGAAUCCCACUGCUUCAAUUCUCCGAGGUCAAACGGAUACCAUGUGCUGACAAUGCAUUCAAGUUCAGCAGGCUAUGAUGUUACUCCUGAAACACAGUGUGUAUCUGCAGACAUGACAUGUGGACCUGAAGACAAUCUCUUUUUCCAAAAUGGAAGUUUUGAUCGAUGUCUAAGUCACAUUUCCUCCAUUUAUGCAGAGACCUAAAAUAAAUUGGACUUACUGAUUCUACUCUUUGCAAAGUUUUAUUACUGACUUAUAUACCAAUGUAUAAAAGAAGGUAAUUGUUUGCUGAUAGGUACCAGAAGAAGUUAUAUUAGUUCAUCUUCCUGUAUGAGGUGGGUGCUUAUUUACUGUAAAUUGCACUUCGGCCUCACAUGUAUUACUUUAAGUAUUCAUCUGUCACUUUAUGUUCUGAAGUACAGUGUAUGCGUUUCCUGUGGCACCUUAAAAUUCUUAUGCUCAAAGUGGUUAAGAAGUAGAUAAGCAGCUUGUUCAUUGUUUCGUUUCCCAUCACUUCCAGGAUUGUCUAAAGACCCUGUAAAUGUAAAUUAUAUUAUGAACGUGUAAAGAAUAUGCUUUUUUUUUCUUUUUUUUUAAGGAUUUUUAUUUGUAGAGCCAUUAGAUGUUACAAAUACUUUAAGUAUUAAUGGAAAAUACUUUAAGUACGGAAAAAAGUACUCUGAAAUUAUGAGUUUUUAUCAAAAACCUAAUGUAUAUAGAUGUACAGUUUUUUGUUACAAGGUUUCAUAUGGUCUGAUUAUAUAUUUCAGUUUUACAAGAAAAUAGUAAAAACUAACAGUAAAAACGUGGAAAGAAAAUAUGUUGUCCUUUUGUUUCCUUGAGUCCUUAUAGUUGCUCAGAACGUUUCCAGGUACUAUCGAUAAAACCAAAUGCUCUAAAGCACAUGGCAGGGCAAAAGGCUGUGGCUACCAGUGCAAAUAUUUUAAAGUGAUUUUAAUAUAGUAUAUUUUCC